AUGGCGGACUCUACGUUGCGGAUCAAGCCCUGGGCCUGGAGAGCCAAGCCGGAGGUCCGCGUCCUGACGUGGCUCGGACUCGACGUGCUCAGGCAGAGGGGAGACUCGGGCACGAUGGAGGAACCUCGGGCCUCGGCGCUGAGCUCUGCCUCUGUCUCUGACCAGCUAAGUAACUCAGCUGCUCUGAGCCUGCUUCCUCCCUGUGAGACGUCGGAGGGAAGAAACGGGUUCAGAGCGGCUGACGCCGCGAGUGCCAAGGAGGACGCCAAGUGGCUGCAGUGGGUGACGCGCCAGUUUGAGAUGAUUGCAGGUGAAGACGGGGAGACUGGUCUGCAAGAGUCCAAAAGAGCCCUGAAUGCGGAAGAGUCCUUCUUUGUUGAGAGAUUCUUUGCCUUGUUUGACUCGGACGGAAGUGGCACCAUCUUGCUCCAGGAGCUGUGGCGGGCGCUCACCCACGGCAGCCCCGUGGGCAAACCCGGAUUCCUCUUCCAGGUGUAGGACGUGGAUGGCAGCCGCUCCAUCGACGCGGACGAGCUGCGCACCGUGCUGCAGUCGUGCCUGCAGGAGAGCGCCGUCUCGAUGCCCGCGGAGAGGCUGGACCAGCUGACACUGGUGCUCCUCCCGUCGGCCCACCGGGACUGCAGCGGCGCCAUCACCUUCGGGGAGCUGCGAGCCGAGCUGCGGCUCCCCGGGGUCAUGGAGAGCCUGACCGUCGGUGCUGCCCACUGGCUGACGCCUCCCACUGCCAGGCCACACCAGCGCCGUCCUCGCCCGCUGACCUCCGCCUACUGGCACAACCACCGCAGCCACCUGCUCUGCCUGGUCGUCCACGCGGGCCUCCCCUUGCUGCUCUUGGCACUGGCAGCUAGUGCGCACCGGGCCCUCGGUGCCAGUGUCAUGGUGGCCAAGGGCUGCGGCCAGUGCUUCAACUUUGACUGCAGCUUCAUUGCGGUGCUCGUGCUCAGGCGCUGCCCCAUGUGGCUGGCUCAGGCCCUGCCCCUGGACCACAACGUCCAGUUCCACCGGCUUACGGGCUGCGUGGUGGUCGGGCUCUGUCCUGUGCACACUGUGGCCCACGUUGUGAAUUUCGCACUCCGGGCUCAGUCCGGGGCCAGCGCCUUCCAGUUUUGGGAACUGCUGCGCACCACGAGGUCCGGCGUUGGCUGGGUCCGCGGCUCGGCCUCCCGUGGCGAGGUGCUGCUGCUGCUGCGGUUUGCCUGCUCCAGCUCCCGUGGCCGUCGCAGCAGCCACUUAGAGGGCCCGGGAGGGUCCCGGGCUGGCCUGCACGUGGUGGACACAUGA